GCAAAUAGUUCGCGCGCGCGAACGAGCUGAGAUCGCAUUGCUGCGUGGCGAGACGUCGCUUGCGUGGCGGGGCGGCCAGGCUCUAAGCCCCACACUGAGCGGCAUGGAGACAAAAACGCCGUGGGCCGCCGAAGGGCUCACCCUCUCGAGCCGCGAGGAGAAGCUAGCUCAUUACCUGCUAUCUCGCGGCAAGACAGAUCAAUUGGAGCGGCUUCUCGCGAAAGCGCGCGCGGGCGUGUCGACGGGGCUUACAUCGCCCGCGGCGGGCGGUCACGCCCACGCGACCAACGCGUCGCGGCCCUCGCGGGCCCGGCCGUUGGCGCCCCACAAUCGUCCGCCGCCGCGGCCCGGCAAAGGUCCGCAGCGGCGCCCGCCGUCCGUCGCCUACGCGGCGCGACGCGGCCCCGAGCAAGCGCCGGUGAAAGCGCCGGUGACCGCGACCGCGCGAGCGCCCGAUCCGCCGUCUCUGCCGCCGCCGCCGCCGCGCAAGGAAACACCAUCGCCACCCGACGAGGCGUCGCCGGGCGAGACGCCGUCGCCCGCGAACGUGACGCUCCGUCGGCGCGGACGCGCUGGACCCGUACGGUCCGUACCGCCAACUCCUCAAGGUGCUACGCCGCCGCAAGCGCCACCGACGCUCGUGCGCGAAGCGACGCCUCCACAGGCUUCCCCGGUCGCGGCGACGGCGACGCCACCCCCCCUUCGCGAGGCUACUCCGCCGCAAGCUUCGUUGUCGGCUCCGACACCGGUGCGGAACGCGACGCCGCCAGCCGCGCCGACGCCGGUUGUUGCGGCGCCGGCGACGGUCUCGCCGAUCUAUCGGGACACGGCCCUCAUCGCGGCAGAUGACGAGGCCUGCGAGCGAGCGCUCACGAAUUGGCUCAGGGCACCGGGUCUAGCGGCGGACGCCUCGGCCGCAGAGUGGCGCGACGCGUGGCGGGUCGCCGCGGCGGCGGCCGACGUGGCCCUCCAGAAGGCCGUGCAAGUGGAUCAAGAGCGAAUGCGGGUUCUGAACGAUUAUGAGACCUUCCGGGCCGGGGCCACGAAUCUCGCCACGCUUGCGGCAAGAAACGCGCACGCCGAGCUAGAGACGGCCAAAACGCGCAUCUCCGCCCUCAAAGUGAGCCUGGCGCGCUACCAGGCCGCCUACCCCCCGCCGCCCGUCGGCGACGAGGCGGCCUCCGACGACGCCCACGACGGAUCGGCGCUACCGGCUUCGGAAGCCGCGCCGCGCGCCCAGACGGACGUCCUAGCGCCGACUCCGCGGCCCGGACGCGCGCGCCUAUCGGUCGCGACGCCGGCGCCGCGCCCGCGGCGCUACGCCACGAGAUCCUCGACGCGCCGCGGCCGCGCGGACUGA